CUGAAAAAACAACACAAUCGAGUAAUUUUUUGCUUGAAAGUUCGAGAGGGGUAACUGGGGGAAACUGUCCCACAAAGUCAAAACCUUCAAAAUGACUAAAGAAGUAAAGAGUGACAGUGUCAGUAGCCCUGGUUCCGUCGAUGGUGCUGACAAAAAGAAAAUGAAGGAUGCACCGAGUGCAAUGACCAAGGUUAUUAUCCGGUGCCUGCCCCCUACCCUGUCUGAAGCAGACUUCCUGGAACAGGUUUCACCCCUUGCAGAUAACAACUACUUGUACUAUGUCAAAGCAGACAGAAGCCUUGGACCCAAUGCGUUUUCAAGAGCCUACAUCAACUUCAUCAAUCCAGAGGAGAUACUCUCAUUCCGAGACCGAUGGGACGGCUACCUCUUUACUGAUACAAGAGGUACAGAAUAUCCAGCCGUUGUGGAGUUCUCUCCGUACCAGAAAGUCCCCAAGAAACUAGGAAGGAAAGCCGACCCUCGCUGUGGAACAGUUGAGACUGAUGAGGACUUCUUGGCCUUUGUGGAAGCCUUCCAGGCUGAAGUAGAACGUCUUCCCAGUGCAGAGACCUAUCUGGAGGAGCUAGAGGCAAAACUAAGUGAAAAGGAAGCUAGAGCAAUUACGCCCUUGCUCACCUUCAUCAAAAACAAAAAGUUGGAAAGAAUUAAGGUCCGCCAGGAGGCCAAAGAUGAGCGACGACGGAAGGAGAGAGAGCAGAAGAAGAGAGAUGACGAGAGACGUCAAAAGAGGGACGACGAAAGAAGACGUCAACGUGAGAGGCAGAGACAGAAAGAAAAAGAGUCAAAGGAAUCUGACAAAUCAGAACCACAAAAGAUUAAGCUGCUGAAGAAACCAGAGGGAGACAAGUCUAACAGAAGGAGAGAUGAACCCACAGCUAGUUCCAAGAUGGAUGACAGGGGGAAGGAGAGAGACCGAAGGGGAAGAGUUGAUGCUGUCCAGAAUAAAGGGCGGUCCGAUGAUAGAAAAGAAAGAGACUUCAAGUCAACAUCCAAAGAUUCCCGCACAGGGUCUCAGAGGGAUGCUGAGGAGAGAGAUAAGUCCAGACAGAAAGAUCGGGACUGGGAACACGAACGGCGAGACAGAGAUCAACACAGAGACAAAGAACGGGAGAGGAACAAAGAUAGAGAUAGACAGCGCGAUAGAGACAGAGACAGACAUGCUGACAGAGGGGCUGACAAACACCGUGACAAAAGGCACGAUCAGGAGACCAAAGUAGCCCCUGAGAGACGCAAUAAAGAUUCCGACUCAAGGGGACAAUCCCAGCGAGAGGAUCGACGUGACGGCGGCCGCCGAGACUCGUACAAAGAGAAGCCUCCGAGGCAAUCUCAGGGGAAGGAAGGCGAACGUGACAGGAGAGAUGUCGAGUCAUCUCGCAGGAACAGCACCAGCGACAAAAGACCCGACAGGAGCGAGGGCCAGUCGAGGACAACCGGGCAGGGCAGUAGAGAGGGGCCUAGUAAGAAGGAAGAGAGGGACAUGGGGGCUAGGGCCGACAGGAAACCAAGAAGUGACUCUCAUGAGGAGCACUCGGAGAGGUCGGCAAAAUCUGGCCGUGGGAGGGACAGGUCUGACCGUGAGCGUGACCGUGUCCGCAAUAAGGACCGACCAGCCAUGGCCCUCUAUCAACCAGGCAACAGGGGAGUAGGUUCUAAGGAGCAAGACGACAAGGAGGUCGGAAGCAAGUCAAAAGAUGAAAGGUCAAGCCCUGUCGACUCCCUGCCUGAGAAGCCAAAGUCAGGGGAGGACAGACGAGAAGGGCGAAGAGAUAGUAAAGACUCCAGUCAGGGGAAAGGUGGCUCAACUCCAAGACCUUCCCAAGGAGGAAAAGAUGAUCAACGCAGCAAUGAUAGAAAUAGAAAAGACGGGCGUGGGCCUAAGGAUGGCGACCACAAAGGCUCGAGGCAACAUGGAGGGAGGGACGACCGGCCAAGAGAGGGCGACAGACGGGGAGACAGAGGGGGUGAUAAACCCAGGAGUAGUGGAAGCAAUGAUUCGUCGCGCAGCGGAACCAGCGAGAGACAACGAGGGGGUCAAACUCCCCGAGACAGACCCGGCGAUAGACCCAAGGGAAGUGAUGGACGAGGAACUACACCGAGGGAUGUUAAUAGGCGAUCCUAUGAUAGGCCUAGAGACAGGGGAGGUGAUAGACCGAGGGGUGGUACUAACGAUAGACCGCGUGACAGGGGUGCUACCAAAGGGCCUACUAGGCAGCCGGAGAGGGAUCAGGGUAGGGGUAAGCCCGGGGUACACUCUGGAGGAGAUAAGACUGGGAGUGAUAAGGGGAAAGAGAAAGGCAGCGACAGACCGGGAGAUAAAGGAAGUAGUGAUGGGAAGAGUGGGGCAGCAGACAGCUCAAAGUAGAUUGAUAUGUAGUAUAGAGAGGUUUAAGUUUCAAGUCUUUUAAGUAUUAUUUGGUUUAUGGAACCGUUCGAUUGUUUUAAAGACGCUGAACAUUUUUGAAAAUUGUCAAAGACCAGUCUUCUCACUUGGUGUA